AUUUAUUACUAUUUAUUUUAUUUAAAAUAAAGUUUAUUUUUUGUAACAUAAAUGCAUCCACUGUUUUUUUUAAUUCUCCAUAUAUCUACUUUUCCAGUUUCUGGCAACACUCAUGAUAUCGGGACGAUAAUAUCGGAUAAUGUGAAAGGGCAAAUUGUGUCCGAUAUCGGAUAUCGGCUAUCGGCUUCCGAUAUCCGAUAUCGGACCGGACAAUGUGAAAACGCUCUAGGUAUUCGAUAAUUCGAAUUUCGAUUUUCGAGCCUGGAGGCCUCCCGCCAGGCAAUAUUACUCAUCUAUGAUUACUCACGUGCUAAUUUCCGUCCUUUGUUUUCGUCAGUAAUGUUCGUCACACUGCAGUCACUAUAAUUUUAGCUUCGCCUCACGCCUGACGCAUCAAACAUAGUUUUAACGAAAAAUAAGUGGUCGAUAAAUGUUUUAGUUUUAAUAAAUCUUAAUUUAGGCAAAAUUGUGAUUUGAUGCUCCGUUGGAAUAAAAUACACGUUGAUUUAUAACGUACUUUAUCAUCCGUAACAAUGAGUUGUGGAAAAUGGUAUACGAUAGAAGAUGUAACGCAAGACAUCGCAAGAGCAUCGGGUCAGAUUGUCAGUGACCUAGACGCAAAAUAUGUUAUUGUGGGUAAACAAAAACCACGAUAUAAUACUGACGAAGACGAGUUACAAGACAUGCACAAUUUAAAUGGCCACUGCAUUUUACAAGAUGAGAAUAAACCAGACCUACAAGGGAUCACAGAUAUGAUACGCUUGGUUGACGGCUACUCAACAAAUGAUUCAUCUUUCGACGAGUCUGACAACACGAAAAUAAGAGAAACAUUUACUCAAGAGGCUGUAGUUAUAAGUAAAUUAAAUCCUUCUGUACCACCUUUCGUACCAAAAUCUAGUGCAAAUUUAACAUUAAGUACCAAUUCAAAUAGAAAAAGGACAAUCGCAUCGCCUCUAAACGAAAAUAUAAUGCCAAACAAACAAGACGUAAAGAAUUCAAAUCAAUUUAAGGAAAAAAAGGAUUUGAGCACAGUAGAAACAAAACAAAACAAUGGUGUUGGUCAAAACCAUAGUCCUCUGUGUGAUUCGAAGAAAAUAGAAGUGAUUCCCGUCGAUAGUAGAAUAGAUAUGUCUAGUCUUGAGCCAAACGAAAAGGAGAAAUUGAGAGAAAAUCUCAUAACUAGCAUAAGUAACACUGCACAAACGAGUUGUGUUAAAGUUAAGAGGCAAAGAAAUUUAGCAAUUGCUACAUUGAUGAAAUUAUCUUCGGAUUCGGCACCAACCACAAAACAGGAUGAGGUUAUAGGGGCCAAACCAAAUUUGAUAACGCCACAAUAUUACAAAACCUCAGUCUGUGAUAAUGAGACUGAAAAGAAGCAAGCACAUGAAAUAAUAAUAGAUAGGACUAGUGAGGCGGAGGAAACACAAACAUACAUGGAUAAUUCCAUUGACAAAGUCAACAAAUGGUUCAGAAGAGAGGAUUAUUCUCCAUCAAGUGAGAGUUAUAAUAUUGAUAAGACUGAAAAUAAAAUUUCUAAUAUUAGCACAGAAUCAAGUGAAUGUGUAAGUAAUGAACCAUCAGCAAACGUACAAAAAUCAAUAGAAAAAGUAAUCACGUGGUUGAAGGGUCCAGAAGAGCAAGCCAAGUCUGGUUUGUUCUUAGGACCAAUUACCUUCAAAAAGAGAGAAAAUAGAAAGUCUCCAAACAGUCAAACAGACGGAACAAGCCCUGCUGCAAGUGAGCCAGUAAGAGUAGAACCAACAAAAGAAUUUGUACCUUCAGCAUACGCUUCUGAACUAUCAGAAAAAUAUAUGAAGCGCGUAAACAACAAAACUGUCUCCACACAAGUUAGCUGGACAAACUUGGAAGCGAGCUUGAAAGCUAGAGAUGAAAUUAUAAUAAAGAAACUUUCUAGCCUAAAUUCAGAAUAAAGGAUAAAUAAUCACAAGCAAAGGUGAUACUAUAAGUGACGAAUUUCCGUAGGAAGUGAUAUUUUUUCAUAUAUUAUUAUAGGAAACAGAUUAUUUUAUAUUUUUUAUGUUAUAUUGUAAGUAGUAUAAAUAUUUUACAACUAAAUGACUCAAUACUCAAUGUAUUGUCAAUAAUAAUUUAUAUCACCAUGAUAUAUUAUUAGUGUAAGAUUAUGCCAAUUAAUAAUUUGUGUUCUAAUAUUUUAAUUUCUCUCUAGUCUUAUGGCUUUAUGUACUGUCAUAGAAAUUUGUGCAAUUGAGACUUUUGUCGAACAAAUUUUUACUAGUUAAAUUAUUUUUACUUGUAUUUAAAAUAUUUGUGGUAGAUAAGUGUCACGGAUAUACAUAUUUCAAUGAUGUACAUUACACUAAGACUUUGAGAAGUGAAUAAUCAGUUAGUAUUACAUGUUUCUUGAGAAAAAGAUGUGUUAGGGCGCUUUUCCACCAGAGAUGUGCUAUGCUACGUUGCUGUGGCACGUACGUGUGUGUGGUUUGUGGUUGAAGCAUAUCUACAUAGCACAUCGCUGGUGGAAAGGCGCCAUUAGAGAGGUCAUAAAGCAUCUUAUUCUGCAUGUCAAAAUUGUACAUUAGUAAUAAUAAGAAUAACACAUUUCAAAUUAUCUAAGCUCAUAGUCGAAAAUUGGGAACUUUGCAUGAAACGUUAGAAUAUCCCGAAACGGUUAGAUUUCGGAUAGUAGUUGUGUAUGUUAUACAGGGUGUCCCAAAAAGUAGUGAUAUACUGAAGCUGGGAGGUAGAUGACCUAAAGGGCUAUCUGAAUCACCCCCAUGCGAUUUUUAUUUAAUACGUUAAUUAUUGCGGUAGAUGCUUGAUUUUGUUGUGUGCUAAGCUGAUGGAUAGGCCAAUUUAGUACAGUAACAUUUACUAUCGUAUCGUUAGAUCUUUGAAUAGAAUAAAACCAAGACUAAAAGCAUCUACCGCAAUAAUUACCGUCACCUUGAAUAAAAAUCUCAUCAUAGGUGAUAAAUUAAAAAAAACUGCAUAACUCCGAAAAUAUGAUAAAUCGCAUGACAUACAUGGGGGUGAUUCGGAUAGCCCUCUAGGUCCUCUACCUCCCAGCUUCAAUAUAUCACUACUUUUUGGGACAUCCUGUAGUACAAUGUACAUAGUGUUAUCAGUCGAAACGAGGUACACUAUGUGCUCUUAACGGGAUUUGGUCGACUUGCCUGACUCUGACAACCCUGUAUUGCAUUAGUUUAGUUCUUUGGCAUAUUUUGAAAAUAUAUACGCUGUUACAUAUCUAGUAUAAUUAAAUUGUAAUACUGACAUGAUUUAAAAGAGCAACUAUGGAGUUCUUGCCGGUUCUUCUCCGUAGAUACUGCUUUCCGAAUCGGUGGUAAAUGUUAAAAGUAAUAUGUAAUGACGAUUCAAAAGUGCUUCUAGAAUAGAAGAAGUGUAAUUGAAUAAAUAAAUGUUUGACUUUAAAAUAGUUAAGACCCUAGAAAAUACCAAAUAAGCUUAUGGAUUUAUAGCAAAAGCAGUGUUGUAUUUCUAACAAAUGAAUGAAAAUGUUGACUUGAAUAUUUAUGUAUUGGUAGUAAUAAAGAUGACUAUGAAAUAAUCAAAACAUA